AUGGACGCCCAGCAGGUCGAGAAAGCUUACCAGAAGCAAUCCGCUGUUGUCUACAACCCCAAGAAGGGCUCCAAGGUCAAGAAGCGAUACGUCAAGAACGUCGGUCUUGGCUUCAAGACUCCCCGUGAAGCCACCGAAGGCGCUUACAUUGACAAGAAGUGCCCCUUCACUGGCAACGUCACCAUCCGAGGUCGAGUCUUCACCGGUGUCGUCCGAAAGAUGAAGAUGCAGCGCACCAUCAUCAUCCGACGAGACUACCUUCACUUUGUCAAGAAGUACGGUCGAUUCGAGAGACGACACACCAACAUGGCUGUCCACCUCUCUCCCUGCUUCCGGGACGUUGAACUCGGCGAUAUCGUCACCGUUGGUGAGUGCCGACCUCUCUCCAAGACCGUCCGAUUCAACGUCAUCAAGCACACCAAGCCCCCAGGAGCUAACAAGAAGCAAUUCGACAAGUUCUAA